AUGGUGGAAAGAUUUUUCUUCACAGGCCAAACCAAUUUUCAGCUACCGAUUCAACCCGAUUCGGUCAUUCUGCUUUCUGGGCCGCCUUCCUCUGGCAAAACAUCAUUGCUUUUCCAAUUCGCAUUUAACUCGGUAUUAGAGAAAAAUGGAAACGUGGUAAUCAUCUGCAACCGGCGCAGAUUAGAAACCAAUCCCCCCUUUCUCUCUCAGGGCGUUGAUCCAUCUUCUGAAAUAUUUCAGCACAUUCAGAUGAAGUAUGUGGAUGAUGAUGAAGGGAUCAAGAAUUAUUUUGCUGCAUUUCACAUGCAAGAUAUAUUUCCUGUUUCAGUUAUUAUCGAUAAUUUUGCAGAUUUCUUUGACGGGAGGAAUUGCCAAGAGAGAUACAACAAUCCUCGAGGAAGAGACUUGGCAAUGAUUCGGACAUUAGCUCUUUGUCAAAAUGCCAUUAAUCAUGCCAAAUCAAGGGGUCCUUGUAAUCUUUUAUUGUCUGACGCGCACCAAGGUGACUCCCCAAGGUUGCUCUACAUUUAUAAGAGAUGGAUAUCCUGCAUUUACACGAUCAGAGAAGAUGAUGGCUCUGGAUCAUUUAUUCUCAAGAAUAACUCAGAUAUUACAAGUGCAGAGAGGAAGAGAACUGCCAAGUAUUCCAUAGCACUUCAGUACUUGGUACUGGAGGGCAUUACAGAAGACGAAGAACGAGAGUAA